AUGCUCAGGAACUUGAAUUGUACACCUGUUAAAAGAGUGAAACUGGAUCUAAAAAAUUACAAGACAACGCAAAUGAGUUUUCACCAGAACGGGAAGAGGGCCUCGCGCCACGAGGCAAGUGGCAUCUUUGUGAGAGGCCCAAAUGUGCCCAAAGCCCCUCACAGUGCAAGUGCAUAUUUCCGAGCUGCGGCUUGUGUUGUAAACGAUGUGGGUUUGUCUAAAAGCCGGAUGCUAGAGAACCAACACUUUCGCGAGCUUACCGCAGUGUCCUACGAGCCCCACGAGGCCCGCGCCAAGUAUAUCGAGAACUAUUUGGAGACUAUCGGGAUUUCGUAUCAACAGCAGGAAUCGCGGUCCAACAAGGAACUAAAAAAGAAGCUGGAGAAGGUCAAAUCGAGCAUAGAUGUGGUACCGCAACCUCAAGCAGAUGCUAAUGGCGAUGCCGAGGCGGUUGCCAAGGCCGAAGCCUUACUGCAGAAAGCGCUGCGUAAAACCACACACGAACACAGCCCGAAGGUCUGUGCGGUGCCCGGAAACUCGAACUUUGCAUACCUGAGCAAUGCGAUCCGCCACUUGGCAGCACAACGGACGGUUUGUUUCUGCGUUGACGUUGAGGCAUUCGAACGUAACACAAACGUGGUAACUGAAAUCGGUAUUUCGAUCUACGACCCGCGCGAAAGCUUGUUUUCUACAAUUCCCAAGUUUCGGACGUAUCACUUAAUAGUUGCAGAGUCUUUGAAGUUACGCAACGGGAAGUUCGUGUGUGAUCUUAAGGAUUGCUUCCUCAUGGGCGAAAGCUAUGUGAUGUCGUUGAAUAAUUGCGUUGAAUUCAUACAGACUCUCAUCAAUUACUACAUGGUUCCGGAAACGGCCGCGGAGCGGAGUUGGGAUCGUGCAUUUGUGGGUCACAACGUGAAGGGCGAUUUGAAGUGGCUGGAAAGCAUUGGUGUGAAUAUACCUACAGACAUUGAUUACGAAUUGAAGAAUAAACCACAAACCACGAACAGAGCGCUGGUUCUUGACACGGAACGGCUGUUCAAGGGCUCGUACGGAAGCAAAGGUGCAAACCUGGGCAAGAUACUUCGGCUGUUCGAGGUUCCGCACGCGUUCUUGCACAACGCAGGGAACGAUGCGUAUUUCACGCUGAAGCUUCUGCUGCACAUGUGCGACAUCCACUGCCGGAAGCAGAUGCAGAUGGACGACUUUUACGCGGUGAUGGCGAAAAUCGAGACUUGGACGAAACGGGACUCUUCGGAGGCCAAGAUCUUGCCCUUGUCGUACGUGAAGGCCGCUGCUGAGUUUACAGACCAUACGGUGAAGAAGAAGACGGUACAUCAGACCGAGUUUGGCGGGUGUGUGUGGGUGGACAAUCCGAUCCAGGCCAUAACGAUGUCGUAG